AGUAAUUAGCAAACAUACAAUGCCACCAAAGAAGAAGGGAGCUCAAGAAAAGCCAAUUUUGUUAGGUAGACCAGGUAACAACUUGAAGUCUGGGAUUGUUGGAUUAGCCAAUGUCGGUAAAUCCACUUUUUUCCAAGCCAUCACCCGUUGUCCAUUGGGUAACCCUGCCAACUACCCUUUUGCUACCAUUGAACCAGAAGAAGCCAGAGUCAUUGUCCCAUCGCCAAGAUUCGACAAAUUGGUUGAGUUGUACAAGCCAAAGAGUGAAGUUCCCGCCUUUAUGACCGUCUACGAUAUUGCCGGUUUGACUAAAGGUGCCCAUGCCGGUGAAGGGUUGGGUAACAAUUUCUUGGCCAACAUCAGAGCCGUUGAUGCUAUUUUCCAAAUGGUUAGAUGUUUCGAUGAUGCUGACAUCAUCCACAUCAACGAUGAAGUCAACCCAGUGGCUGAUUUGGAUAUCAUCAAGGAUGAAUUGAGAUUGAAGGAUAUCGAAUUUGCUCAAAAGCACUUGGAAGGUAUUGAAAAGAUCACCAAGCGUGGUGGUCAAUCCUUGGAAGUCAAGCAAAAGAAGGAAGAAGCUGAAUUUGUCAAGAAGAUUAUUGCCAUGUUGGAAGAAGGUAAGAGAUUAGCUAACCAAACCUGGACCCAAAAGGAAGUUGAAAUCAUCAACACCAUGUUGUUGUUAACCGCCAAGCCAUGUAUCUACUUGAUCAACUUGUCUGAAAGAGACUAUAUCAGAAAGAAGAACAAGCACUUGUUGAAGAUCAAGGAAUGGGUUGACACCAACUCCCCAGGUGACUUGAUCAUUCCAAUUUCCGUCUCCCUCGAAGAAAAAUUAGCCAACAUGGAAACUGAUGACGAAAGAGACGCCUACUGUAAGGAAAUCGGUGCUGUUUCUGCUUUGCCAAAGAUUAUUGUUGCCAUGAGACAAAAGUUGGACUUGAUUUCUUUCUUCACUGGUGGUCCAGACGAAGUUAGAGAAUGGACUAUUAGAAGAUGGUACACUGCUCCACAAGCCGCUGGUACUAUUCACACUGAUUUGGAAAGAACCUUCAUCUUGGCCCAAGUUAUGAAGUAUGAGGAUUUGGUUGAAUUAGGUGACGAAGCUAGUGUUAAGGCUGGUGGUAAAUUAUACACCAAAGGUAAGGAUUAUUUUGUUGAAGAUGGUGAUAUUCUUUACAUUAAAGCUGGUGAAGGUAAGGCUAGAUAAUUUACUUGAUAUUUAAUCGAUAUUUGUAAAUAUAACUUUGCUGUAGGCGGUGGUGGUAGUAGUAGUAGUAGUAGUCUCUACGUCUGUAUUGACACAUGGUCGUGCGAGUGUCUAAUUUUAGGGGGUGGGGUAAUUAAGAUAUUAACCUUUUACGAAUAAGGGGUAACUGGAGACGUAGGAACCUAAAUAGAUAUAGUAGAAUGGAAAAGCCAGGUAUUUCUGCUGCUGAUCUUUCCAAGUUUGCAGAUGCGUAUUGCUCCGAUCUUGAAUUUCUAGAUGAUGACCUUGAACACGAGGAAAUGAACCUUGAUGAAAUCAGAAACCAUAUACUUCGUAAAGCUAAAAAGAGAGUGAUCAAAAUAAACAAGACCGAAGACAAUAAAUACAAGAGAUUCUUCAUCGACGGUUCCACUGAUAUUGUCUCGCGCAAAGACGUGCGGAAACCGGCACUUCGCAAUCCAGAAGAUGUUUAUGCACAGAUUGAUAAGCUAGAGAAACAUUUUGCACUGUUGGAUCCAAUCACCAAGUUAAGAUUUGGAGUGGUUGAGACAUGCGAACGGAGAGAAAUUGAAACUCCGGCUGAAAGAAUCUUUUUCGGUGUAUAUGACAAGAACGAAUCCGAAGAUUGGUGGCUGGACGAAGAGAAUUAGAGAUUCAAGACUGGUUCUUGAUCUAAUUCUAUAACUAUAUAACCUGUCGUGGUAUUGAUUAUGUAAAGUAUGUAGAUAUAUUGGUU